GUUUAAGAGGAACACAAAAGUUCAAAGGUCAAUUUCGUCUGCUACAGGAAGUGAGGAAAGAGCACCUGCUUUUACGUAAAUCAGCUGAUUUUGUCCGGUUACACAGUCGUGCAGAUAUGUCAGAGUAUUUGAAGCCCGCCGCGGCCAUUGCAUUGCCAUAUGUUGGAGGAGCAUUUGGUUCCAUAAUCGCAAGGAAAAAUAAAUCACCCUGGUAUGAGAAUAUCAAGCGCCCCUCUUGGAGGCCCCCCAACUAUCUUUUUGGACCCGUGUGGACUGCUCUGUAUGGAGGUAUGGGUUAUGCUUCAUAUCUGGUGUGGAAGGAUGGAGGGGGAUUCCAGGGGGAUGCAGCCUUACCCCUGGCUUUGUACGGCACUCAGCUGGCUCUGAACUGGGCAUGGACCCCCAUCUUCUUUGGAGCCCACAGAUUGGGACUUGCUACCAUAGAGAUUGGCUGUCUAUGGGGGACCAUUGUAGCCACAAUCUUCGCAUUCCGUGAGGUCAACACCACAGCCGCCUACAUCUUGGUCCCUUACCUGGGCUGGGUGACCUUCGCCUCAGCACUGACUUUUAAAAUUUGGAGAAUGAACAAAGAGGAUAAGGAUACAAAGACAUCAUAGAGACAAAAUACAACUUAGUUAUUGUUAUGAUAUAGACAGACUAGUCAUGAUGGCAUUUUGUGCAAGAAGUUAAUGUCGAGAUUAGUGUAUUUGAAUUGUGUUUUCUUUGUUUACUAUAGGUUAUUGAUGAACCUUUUAAUGCAUUUAAGUGAAGUAUACUGUUUGAUGACAGUUAUAAGACUGAAUGGUUUUUAGUUAUGCAACAUGUACUAUUAUUAAAAUCAAAUACAUGUAAAUUUCAAAACAAAACAGAUAAAGUGUUUUAUUUCAAUUGUAUUUCAAUUGAUUUACAUAAAAUUGACCUGUGAAUCCAUUUAUUUGUUUACAUUCUUUCAAAAAGUGUCCUUUCAAGAUUUCUUUCCAGAUAUAGCUUUCUUCAAGUUUAUUUAACUUUCAUUUGAAUUUUUCCUGCAAAUCUGAAAGAAAGCCUGUAUGUAAAAGAAGGGCUUAAAAAUAAAAAAAAAUGAUGAUUCUUCAUUUUA